UUUUGUUUUCCAAAUUCCAAGCAACAAUUUUCAUUUCAUUUCCCCAACAACUUUCCUCCCUCUGUUCUUCCACUCUCACCCUUGUCAAUUUCCAAGAAGAAAACAGUGAGAAUUGAACAUUGUUUCAAAACCUUCAUAUGCCAAUCAAUGUAACUCCCAUUUGAGAGAUGCACUCAUAACACAGAUCUCAUCUAACUUCCAUUCUCUGAACCAAAUCUGUGUGUGUGUGCAAAUUGCAAUGGAUACUCUGACAGCUGAGGAUCUUCCAACAAUCGGAGGAAUCGCCACCGUUUCGCUUCUCCAUUCCUUCAUUCCCACCCACUGGCUUCCCUUCUCCAUUGUCGGUCGUGCCCAGAAGUGGACUCUCUCACGAACCCUUCUCGUUACUGCACUAGGAGCAAUUUUACACGUAAUAUCCACGGCACUUCUUGGUAUAACAGCAGUCACCAUGGCAAACACCAUUGUUGGUGAAGAAGCAGUUCACAAGCUUGCAUCACUUUUGCUUGUGUUUCUAGGCGGUAGUUAUGUUCUGUUGUUUUUGGUUGGAAAGGGUGGCCAUAAUCAUUCGCACAACCAACCGAUGGAGAAAAUGGCUGUUGCUGGGCUUAUUCUUGUUCCUGCAUUGUCUCCUUGUGCCACAACACUUCCAGUAUUUCUUGCUGUUGGAAAUUCAUCUACCAUGAUGGUGCUGGCUAUCAUAGUGUUGCUAUUCAGUACAAUAACUGUGAUGACUUCACUGGUAGCGUUAUCAUUCUAUGGGGCCAGUCAGCUGAAGUUUCACUGGGUAGAGCGGUAUGACAAACUCCUUGUUGGUUCAGUACUGUGUUUGGUUGGAGUUUUGACCCUAAUUUUUCAUGAUGAUCAUCAUCAUGGAGAAGUAAGUUCUGUUGGAGGGCAUUCACAUUCAAAGAUAGUUUCCCUAUGAGAACUAUGAAUGACCUGUAAUUGAGUUUUUGCAUCAAGACAACAUUGUUGCUUUAUAUAAAUUGAUCAUAUUGAUCUUUUUAAAGAGGAGAGGAUGUUUACACUACAGAGUUUACGAUGUGCAGUUAAUGAAUAUUCAAGUUGCUUUCAUUCAAAUAUCAGUAGUUCAUAUUAGUUUGUCAUUGGCUUCAGUGUAAUCUGACAUAUCAAUAUGACAUGUAAGAGUAGUAUGGAAGGGGAAACACAGAUUUGUAUCGUUAUAUGCAUUGAAAUGAAAAUGACAGUAGCAAGCACAA